AUGGCGCAACAAAUGCGACCGGGGGGUAAAAGCUGUCACACCGUCUCUUCCCACUUCCACGAGGGCGAGUUGGCUCGGAUGAAGCACACACACGAGCUGGUGCGGUGUGAUGCUGGGCCUCGUCGCACCACAGUUCCGAGCACCGUUGGCGGCACCAGUGAACUCCCGUUGUCGAGGCGAAUCAAUCUUCCAUUAUAUCUGCGACCGCGCAAUAAUCUUGAAACUCUCUCUCGUUUCAGGGCAGGCCCCGUGAAUGAUUGGAAGAAUUCUCUCCGACGCGAAACGGUGGCACUUCCGGUUUUGCACCACCGCUUUAUUCGGGAACAAAACAACGCAAGCAACAUAAAUCGUGUGAAAUUUGCCGUUUCUGCAUAUGAGGACGGUUCCAGUGGGAAGAAAAAUAUCGAUUUGGACGUGGCCGAGCCCACGGUGUACCAAGAGGGUCAUGAGGAACCCGGGUGGGCAGGGAAAGGAGAACAAUCAUUGGAAGAUCAUGUAGGAAUUGAUGAACAACGUGCAUUAAAAACAUUGGAGCGCUUGUUUAUUCCUCAGUGGCGUUUACAUAUGCAAUUAAAACGACGCUGCAAGGCACCGGCAAAGAUCUAUUACAGCGGUGUCAACCCUCCGUCAAUUCGGCGAACUUCCGUGCGAGAUGUGGCUGUCGAUGUGAUUCUUUCAUUUCUGCGGGCCGGAUGGUGGCGGCCAUUGGUAGAGUUUCGUCGCCUGAAGGAUAAAGUAUUGAGGAUUCAGCGUUUAUUUCGACGCCACACGCUCUGCAUGGAUGCUCGUGUGGAGCUGAAUUACCGCAAGGUGCGUACUGAGUUUGAGCAAAGUUACUGGAAAAAAGUAGAGGAGGCGCAUAGGCAGGAGAUGGGAGAAGAGUUAUUUACAGACAGUGACAGCAACGGAGGUGAAAUGGACAUAGCGGACUUUCGUUUAGUUGGCCCCCUCCCAGAAGUGUUUCUUCGACGCGAACUGCGCUCUGCUCUUUACUGCCACGCACAUCGAUGCUUGCAAGAGCCCACAGCAUCGAGGGGGCGGUUUUUUUUGCCGAAUUGGACGUACUACGCUGUUCUUGACAAUGUGUGCUACAUCACAAGUGUGGUGCGUGACAGCAAUAUGCUACGGUCUCACCUCUCCAGCCGUCGAAAGAAGAUUAUCUCAUACUGA